UCUUAAUAUAUAAUUUUACUUAGCUGCGAAUCUCGUCGUCAUCGUCGCCCGACGAACCCUGUUUUGCGUCCCUUUUUCCAAUCCCAAAUUCAAUUUGGAUUCGAUUCCUUCGAUUCAGGAUUCGUAUAGACGUAUUCCGUUAUUGGGUUUUAUCCAUUUCUUCGUCCUAUAGAUCUCGAUCGAACGUUUCCUUCCAACUUUUCCCGAUUCGAUUUUUAUUAUUUUUUGGGGUUGAUUUCGUUGUCUCGAUUUGGGCGGAAUUCAAUCGGACGGACUCUCUUUUGCUCCGUUUCCUGAGAGGUUUUUUGUUGCGACGCUAUUCCGUGUAGGAGAGGAUUAUGGAAUCAUUGGUUGAUGAACAAAGUUAAGUGUAAAACGAUGCCGGGUUUAGCACAGAGGAAUGAGCAUUACUCUUUUGGGUUUUGGUCUGAGGACGUCGAUGGAGUUAGCUACGAUCAGUUGCAGAAGUUCUGGAGUGAGCUGUCGCCCAAAGCUAGGCAGGAGCUCCUUAGGAUUGAUAAGCAGGCUCUGUUUGAGCAAGCUCGCAAGAACAUGUGCUGUUCCAGAUGCCACGGCCUGCUGCUUGAAGGUUUCUCGCAGAUUGUUUCUACUGGGAGGGCUGCGCAACUUAAAGUAUUAAAAGAUCAAGCUGACGGUAAGUCAUCUGCCAAUAGGAGAUAUACCGUUGCCUACCAAAACCCUGCUAUUCAUAGAUGGGGAGGUCUCUCAACAACACGCGAGGGAUCUCUCACACUUCUUGACAGCUUUUUGUACGCAAAAUCUUUCAAAGGGCUUCAAACUGUGUUUGAAAGUGCCCGUGCCCGAGAGAGGGAGCGUGAGUUGCUCUAUCCUGAUGCCUGUGGUGGCGGAGGUCGGGUAUGGCUAAGUCAAGGGAUGGCUGGUUAUGGUAAAGGUCAUGGAACAAGAGAAACAUGUGCUUUGCAUACCACGAGGCUCUCUUGUGAUACAUUAGUGGACUUUUGGUCUGCACUUGAAGAGGAAAGCCGAGUGUCACUUUUGAGGAUGAAAGAAGAGGAUUUCGUGGAAAAACUAAUUAAGAGAUUUGAAUGCAAAAAGUUUUGUAGAGACUGCCGAAGAAAUGUUAAUCGUGAGUUUAAAGAACUUAAGGAACUUAAACGAAUGCAGAGAGAACCAAGAUGCACUGACUGGUUUUGUGUUGCCGAUACAGCCUUUCAGUAUCAGGUGGACAUUGAUUCUGUCCGAGCAGAUUGGAGUCAAAAUUUUACAGAGAAUGCUGGAUAUCAUCAAUUCGAGUGGGCUAUUGGAACUGGAGAAGGCGAAUCUGAUAUCCUCGAGUUCAAAAAAUUAGGCAAUGAUCGAAGUGCGCAAGUCAAUGGCCUAGACCUUCGUGGAUUACACGAAUGUUACAUUACUCUUAGGGCUUUUAAAAAAAAUGGCCGCUCCUCCGAGAUAUCUGUCAAAGCCCAUUCAUUGAGGGGUCAACAGUGCGUUCACUCCAGGCUUGUGGUUGGAGACGGAUUUGUUUCAAUUAAAAGAGGGGAAUGCAUUCGAAUGUUUUUUGAGCAUGCUGAAGAGGCUGAGGAAGAAGAGGAUGAAGUCAUGAUAGACAAAGAUGGGAAUGAGGUUGAUGGUGAGUGCUUGCGUCCACAAAAGCAUGCUAAGAGUCCAGAACUUGCUCGAGAGUUUCUUCUUGAUGCUGCAACAGUUAUUUUCAAGGAGCAGGUAGAAAAGGCAUUUAGGGAAGGCACAGCCCGUCAAAAUGCACACAGUAUAUUUAUCUGUCUUUCAUCAAAACUAUUAGAGCAACGUGUUCAUAUCGCCUGCAAGGAAAUUGUCACCUUAGAGAAGCAGAAAAAACUUCUUGAGGAAGAAGAGAAAGAAAAGCGUGAAGAAGAGGAGCGAAAAGAAAGGAAACGAAUUAAAGAAAGAGAGAAAAAACUUCGUAGAAAAGAGAGGUUGAAGGAAAAAGAACGAGAAAAGGAGCAGAAGAAUCCAAAAUUUAGUGAUAAAGCAAUGCUGCCGAAUAUGUUUAGGGAAGAAGAAGGCUCCACAAAUCUUGAUGAGGAAACUAACGACACCAUAGGCUACGAGGAGUCCGGUAUUGAAAAUGGAGAUGUAGAUUUAUCUUCACCUGGUUCCCUUGAUGAUCAAGAUGGAGAGUGUUUGGAUGGUUGUACUUCUCCAAGAGCCGAAACCCACUAUUGUGAUAGCACUGAUAGGGAGAUUAUAGAUCAUGAAGAUGAAAACGGGUGCUUUACACAUGAAAAUUCAAGACCUGUUCAUCAGACAGCAAGAUUCUGGAAAGAGGUUCAUCCUGAUCAUGCUUUGAGGUGGUCAGAAAAAGGCAGAUAUACAGAGAAUGCUUCUUUUGUCUGCAAUGCUGGGGAAAGAUACUGUAAUGAUAGAUCAGAAAUGUCUUCACCACACUUCAAUGGGUCAGAUAAAAAUUGGAGAGUGAAAGCUUCAAAGUCUAGUGGUAGCCCAAAUAGCGUUAGGUCUCAUGAGGAGUUUCAAUGUGCGGACGACAAGACUGUUGAGAGGUAUAGUUACCAUUCUUGCAGUUGCAAACCCAUUAAUGGUCAUCGGGAAAAGGUAGAUUCUAAUAUAUCUGCAACCAGAGGCAUGCGAGACCCCAAAACAAUCUUCAAAUCAGACUCUGAUCUUGAUGCCUCCAAGCUUAACCGAGCCUAUAGGUAUACUCAGUCAAAUAAUCAUCGAGAGGUAAGAAGCAAAAUGAGAAACAGUCAAAACGCUUCUAUGAUGGAUCCAGGAAAUGUGAGAAAAAUCUUAAAUUCUGUGGAGCUGAAGCAUCCACGAAACAGCUCAAACUCUGAGGUAUCAUCAUUUACAUGUUCAAAGGCAGAAGAGAUUGAAAAGGCUCUUUGCAAGGCUACAGAAAAGUUGGGUGAUGGGAAUAUUAGUAAGUCAACCAAGGAAAACAAGAAGAUGGAAGUUCACAUAACACAGAAGAAUGAUGACCUGUACUUGAAAGAUCCUAUGAUGAGUAGAACCUCCAGCUCAGACAAUUGCUCUUCAUGUCCCAGUGAAGGAGAUAGCAAUACAGCUUCUUCAAACAAUGGAAACACAGAAUCCUCCUCGAUGUCUGUUCCCGAAGUUGCCAAUCAGCAAUCUGAAGGAAGGGAGUCUCUAGUGGGCACUCGGAACGAUAUGCCUGACUGUCACAAGAAGAUAGCAGAGAAAGUGGCAGAAAAGAGUAUUGAUGAAAGAGACGUUUUAAGGACUAAGAUUAUGUCUAACCUUCCAGCUGAAAACGGGGAAAGUAAAUUGUCAGGAACUCCUGUUAUGGUUCCGAGCCAAAACAUGGAGAAAAUGGUACCAAGUGUUAAUACUGGUUCCUCCUACCUGUCCCAGCCACAAAACAUGAUGUUUCCCCAAAUGCUUAACCAGAGUAUACCAUUGUCGUCAGUCUUCCAGUCUCCUUCAACAAUGGGCUACUAUCAUCAAGCUCCAGUCUCUUGGUCUGCAGCUCCAGCCAACGGGUCAAUGCAAUUUCCUCAUCCUAAUCAUUAUGUAUACACUGGUCCUCUUGGAUACAGUCUGAAUGGAGAGUCCCCUUUGUGCGUGCAGUACGGGACCCCAUUGAACCAUUCAGCAGCCCCUUUUUUCAAUUCUGGGCCCGUUCCAGUUUUCCAUCCGUUUGCUGAAACCACCUCAAUGAACACUGUGGACCAAGCUCAGAAUCUGGAGCCGUUGGAACACAAUUUUCUGAAGGAAGCAGAUGAGAGGAAGAUAAAAGAAAUGCCUCCAAUGGAAACUCCAAGGAGCAGAGGUCCACAAACUGAGAGUGAUGAAAACUUCUCCUUAUUCCACUUUGGGGGGCCGGUUGCUCUAUCAACAGGAAGGAAGUCGAAUUCUGCUCAUUCCAAAGAUGGAGUUUUAGGGGAUUUCUCGUUGCAGUUCUCAGGAGAUCAUGUUUUUGGUGAUCCCACCGGCAAUAGUAAGAAGGAGAAAGAGAACACAGUUGGUGAAGAGUACAACUUGUUUGAGACUAGUAACAGAUUGAGGUUUUCUAUCUUCUAAAGUUUUAUACUAUUUCUUGGAUUGUUUGGCGUCAUGGAGAACGCAGUAAAAUUCCUUUGGUUGUUUUAUUUCAUGUAAAGAUCUCUGCAUAUUUCAAAGGUUUUGUUUUUCUCAAAA